CUGUUCUCCGUGGGCUUCCGGGCGCUCGCAGUUCUGCCGCCGCCGAGAGGGCGGAGUUCCCGGUUCCGCUGCCGUGUGUGUCGGUGCGCCGGGUUCAGCUGCCACCAUGGGGAUCCUGGAGAAGAUCUCCGAGAUCGAGAAGGAGAUCGCUCGGACGCAGAAGAACAAGGCCACUGAGUAUCACCUGGGUCUGCUGAAAGCAAAACUCGCCAAGUAUCGGGCUCAACUUCUGGAACCAUCCAAAUCGGCCUCAUCCAAAGGAGAGGGUUUCGAUGUCAUGAAGUCGGGUGACGCCCGUGUGGCGCUGAUUGGAUUUCCCUCUGUGGGUAAGUCCACCUUCUUGAGUCUAAUGACCUCCACAGCCAGCGAAGCCGCGUCCUAUGAAUUCACCACCCUGACGUGCAUCCCUGGGGUCAUUGAAUAUAAAGGAGCCAAUAUCCAGCUCCUGGACCUUCCUGGGAUCAUCGAGGGCGCAGCACAAGGUAAAGGCCGCGGCCGGCAGGUGAUAGCUGUGGCGCGGACAGCAGACGUUGUCAUCAUGAUGCUGGACGCCACCAAGGGAGAAGUGCAGAGGUCUCUGCUGGAGAAGGAACUGGAGUCCGUGGGGAUCCGCCUCAACAAGCACAGGCCCAACAUCUACUUCAAGCCCAAGAAAGGCGGCGGCAUCUCCUUCAACUCGACAGUCACGCUGACCCAGUGCUCGGAAAAGCUGGUGCAGCUGAUCCUGCAUGAGUACAAGAUCUUCAACGCAGAGGUGCUUUUCCGAGAAGACUGCUCCCCGGACGAGUUCAUCGACGUGAUCGUGGGCAACCGGGUGUACAUGCCGUGCUUGUAUGUUUAUAACAAAAUUGACCAGAUCUCAAUGGAGGAAGUGGACCGCCUGGCCCGGAAGCCCAACAGUGUAGUCAUCAGCUGCGGCAUGAAGCUGAACCUGGACUACUUGCUCGAGAUGCUUUGGGAGUACCUGGCCCUGACCUGCAUCUACACCAAGAAGAGAGGACAGAGGCCAGACUUCACAGAUGCCAUCAUCCUCCGGAAAGGGGCCUCCGUGGAGCAUGUGUGCCACCGCAUUCACCGAUCACUCGCCAGCCAGUUUAAGUAUGCACUGGUGUGGGGCACCAGUACCAAGUACAGCCCGCAGCGAGUGGGCCUGACCCACACCAUGGAGCACGAGGACGUCAUCCAGAUUGUCAAGAAGUAGUGCCUCCUGCUGGGCCCCCUGCCUGCCCACCCUGUCUCCCCGGAGAGUCGGACCCAGCCGGACACACCAAAGUCCAAACAGGAAAUAACGUGCAAAUACAUACACCCCAGGAACGGGUCUCUCAAGUCUCCACUGUUUCUGGAAGUUUCUUCAGUAGACAGAUGAUACAGGGUGUAUUGGGGCAGAGGGACAUGGUUGGGGAACUUGGGCUGGUCUGGUGGCAUUUCCCAUGAGACUGGCCCCUUGGAUGGGGAUUCUGUGUUUGGAACCCCGGGCCUGCACCCUACACUUGGCCCCCUCAGGCACUGAGGGGGCACCCCACCCUCCUACCCUGCAGCUAGCGCCUCAUGCGGAUGGCUCGCUCAGUGCUGGGGCGUGGAGCCGAGCCUGCCCGGGUCCCAGGAAGCUCUGUUUCUGGUGGGGCGCCUUGGGCCUUCAGCUCCCGCCGUCCUCUCUGGCACUUGAGGAGGGGCUCUCCCAGGACAAGCCCUCUGCCCCACCCCAGGGCUGCUCCAUGAUGGCUUUAAGCCCCAACUCAUGCCCUCCACAGCCUGAGGAGCCCUGAUGUACGGCCCUCCCAGGGCCGCCCCUGCCCAGAGCCCACGACCCAGGACCUACACGGAUGCCGGGAGUGGCGGCUUCGGCGUUGGGUUUCUGUACUUUUUCUCUAAGCCCCUGGUCUUGGCUCUCCUUUCUACAAUAAAGAGUGGAAACAAUC